AGUCGUCUUCCUUGAGAUCUAUCUCCACUACCACCACCAUCAUCGGUUUGUAACCACCGCUUUCUGAUGGCUUUCUCCUCCCGCCGCGGCGGAGGCGGCUGGACCCACUCUUUUCUCCCAUCAACCACCAAACACGCCGCAAAACAACCCCGCAAAUCCCGCAGGCGCACGGCGUUAAAGGACUUCAUCCUCGCCAACUUCUUCACCAUCGGACUCUCCGUCUCUCUUCUCCUCUUCCUCCUCAUUGUCUUCAGCUACGGCUUCCCUAAACCCCUUCUCUCCUCCCACCUCCGGGCUGCCGGAACCCGGUUCUCCGGCAGGGCCCGAAAGCCCGUUUACCGCAAAUCGCCUGCCAGCAGCAACGCCGUUUCGGCUGCCGUCGUGGACAUAACGACAAAGGAUUUGUACGACAAGAUCCAGUUCUUGGACAAAGAUGGCGGGGCCUGGAAGCAAGGCUGGAAGGUUACUUAUAAAGGGAACGAGUGGGAUAACGAGAAACUCAAGAUAUUUGUGGUUCCACAUUCGCAUAAUGAUCCUGGUUGGCGUCUCACCGUCGAGGAGUACUAUGAUAGGCAGUCUAGGCAUAUUCUGGAUACAAUUGUGGAGACGCUGUCUAAGGAUAGUCGGCGAAAAUUUAUUUGGGAAGAGAUGUCUUAUCUGGAGAGAUGGUGGAGGGAUGCUUCAGAUACCAAAAGAGAGUCGUUCAUCAAUUUAGUGAAGAAUGGGCAGUUGGAAAUUGUUGGUGGUGGCUGGGUGAUGAAUGAUGAGGCUAAUUCACAUUAUUUUGCGAUCCUUGAACAGAUAACUGAAGGAAAUAUGUGGUUAAAUGAAACUGUUGGAGUUAUUCCUAAAAACUCUUGGGCUAUAGAUCCUUUUGGUUAUUCAUCAACUAUGGCAUAUCUGCUCCGUCGCAUGGGUUUUGAGAACAUGCUUAUACAGAGGACGCAUUAUGAGUUGAAGAAGGAACUGGCUUUGACUAAAAAUUUGGAAUAUGUAUGGAGACAGAGCUGGGAUGCUGAGGAAACAACUGAUAUGUUUGUCCACAUGAUGCCGUUCUAUUCUUAUGAUAUUCCACAUACUUGUGGGCCAGAGCCUGCAAUCUGUUGUCAGUUUGACUUUGCUCGUAUGCGGGGUUUUGUAUAUGAGCUCUGUCCUUGGGGAAAACAUCCGAUAGAGACCACCCAGGAGAAUGUGAAGGAGAGAGCGAAUAUGCUUUUAGAUCAAUAUAGGAAGAAAUCGACAUUGUACCGAACAAAUACACUGCUUGUUCCCCUUGGAGAUGAUUUCCGUUACAUCAGCAUUGAUGAAGCUGAAGCUCAGUUUAGGAACUAUCAAAUGCUGUUUGAUUAUAUUAACUCUGAUCCUAGCUUGAAUGCUGAAGCAAAGUUUGGUACUCUUGAAGAUUAUUUCCAAACUCUACAUGAAGAGGCUGACAGAGUUAAUUAUUCUCGUCAUCAUGAGGUUGGAUCUGCUCAAAGAGGUGGUUUUCCAUCUUUAUCAGGUGAUUUCUUUACUUAUGCUGAUAGACAACAGGAUUACUGGAGUGGUUAUUAUGUUUCCCGGCCUUUCUUCAAGGCUGUUGAUCGUGUACUCGAACAGACACUUCGCAGUGCUGAAAUAAUGAUGGCUUUUUUGCUGGGGUAUUGCCAGAGAGCACAGUGUGAAAAAUUACCGACUGGAUUCUCUUACAAGCUGACAGCUGCAAGAAGGAACCUAGCUUUAUUUCAGCAUCAUGACGGAGUGACUGGUACUGCAAAGGAUCAUGUGGUUAAAGACUAUGGGACACGGAUGCAUAUGGCUUUACAGGACCUCCAGAUUUUCAUGUCCAAGGCCAUAGAAGUGCUGCUGGGCAUCCGCCAUGAGAAAAAUGAUCAUAACCCAGCUCAAUUCGAGCCAGCACAAGUGAGAUCUAAAUAUGAUGCUCAACCAGUACAUAAAGCCAUUAGCGCUCAGGAAGGGACAGUUCAAACUGUGGUUGUAUUUAAUCCCCUGGAACAAACAAGAAAUGAGAUCAUCAUGGUUGUUGUUCAAAGACCAGAUGUAACAGUUCUGGACUCGAACUGGACCUGUGUAAAAAGCCAAAUUUCUCCUGAAUUGCACCAUGGUAGAAGCAAACAUUUUACUGGAAAUCAUCGUCUUUACUGGAAAGCUUCUAUCCCUCCUAUGGGACUGCAAACAUACUAUGUUGCUAAUGGUUUUGUGGGAUGUGAAAAGGCCAAACCGGCAAGACUUCAAAUUUCCAGUGCUGAUGAUGUACCCUGUCCCGCUCCAUAUGCUUGCUCAAAAGUAGAAGGUGACGCCAUCGAGAUCAGUAAUCAACAUAGGAAACUCACCUUCCAAGUCGACCUUGGGUUGUUGCAGAAAAUAAGCAAUAUUGAUGGUUCCCAAAAUAUUGUUGCUGAAGAACUAGGUAUGUACUCAAGCACGGAAAGUGGAGCCUAUCUUUUUAAACCAAAUGGUGAUGCUGAGCCUAUCGUCCGGGCAGGUGGAAUAUUGGUGGUCUCAGAGGGCCAUUUGGUUCAGGAAGUGUACUCUUGUCCUAAGACAGCAUAUGACAAAAGCCCAGUUUCCCAUAGUACCCGCAUUUAUAAUGGUGAUAAGACCAUACAAGAACAUCUAAUUGAGAAGGAAUAUCAUGUUGAACUUCUUGGACAUGAAUUCAAUGACAGAGAGUUGAUAGCUAGGUACAAGACUGAUGUUGAUAAUAAGAGGAUUUUCUACUCUGAUUUGAAUGGGUUCCAAAUGAGCCGUAGAGAGACCUAUGACAAGAUCCCCCCACAGGGAAAUUACUAUCCAAUGCCAUCUCUAGCAUUCAUGCAAGCCUCCAAUGGACUGCGCUUCUCUGUCCAUACUCGGCAAUCACUUGGUGUGGCAAGCCUUAAGAAUGGAUAUUUAGAGAUUAUGCUUGAUCGCCGUCUAACAAGAGAUGAUGGUCGUGGUCUUGGCCAAGGAGUGAUGGAUAACCGUCCGAUGAAUGUUGUCUUUCAUAUCCUUCUGGAAUCCAACAUUUCACAAAUUGCAGAUCCUGUCUCAAGCUCUUAUCCUUUAAGUCCCUCUCUUUUAUCACAGUUGGUUGGUGCACACUUGAAUUAUCCUGUACAUGUAUUUAUUGCCAAGAAGUCUCAGGAGAUAUCUGUGCAGCCACCUCCUAGAUCUUUCUCUCCUUUGGCGGCUCCCUUACCCUGUGACUUGCAUGUAGUGAACUUCAAGGUCCCUCGCCCUUCUAAAUACUCACAACAGCCCCUUCAAGAGGCUAGAUUUGUUCUGAUUUUGCAAAGACGACACUGGGACUCUUCAUAUUGUAGGAAGGGCAGGUCUGAAUGUAUGAGCGUGGCCGACGUGCCUGUCAAUUUAUUUGACAUGUUCAAGGGGCUUGCAGUGUUGAACGCAAAAGCAACUUCUCUAAACCUUUUACAUGAUGACACGGAGAUGCUUGGUUACAGUGAGCAGUUUCAGGAAGGUGCUCAAGAAGGGCAUGUCCUCAUAUCUCCCAUGGAAAUUCAGGCUUAUAAAUUGGAUCUACGGCCUCAUGAAUGACUUGGAAGUCACAAGAAUACCAACUUUGUUUCUUUUCUCUCACUGAUUCCAUCUCUGGUUCAUUGGUGGCACAGAGGAUUUCCUAGCUUUUAUCCAUUCUCUGCUACCAAAUCAGGAUGGACAGAUUCCCUGCUUCACUGGGGUAUGGGACCAAUUAACUUCUCAAGGUGCAUAGAUGAUCCAACAAGUUAGAAAAGUACAAUCAAUAGCAGAGAUAUACGACAUUCCUGUUAUGUUAGAGAUGGCUGUUCAUAGUACUCAGAUUGCGUCUAUGCUACAGAGCUGAUGUGUAGAUUACAUCAGCUGGAAGAAUUGGGGCAGUGCAAUUAUGUCUUCUACAAAAGUCAGAAUAUCAUAAACCGAAGUUUUGCUAGGGUUAAAAGUUUUACAUGCAGUUCCAUAUUGGAUAGAUUUGGUAAUAUCAUAUAGAUAAACAUCUCCCUAUAUGGCAUCUUAUAAAAAUUGGUGAUGUACUGUUAAGUUUGUUACACUUGUAUGAUUAUAUCACUGAAGCAGGGACCAAGCUUUGAUCCUUCCAAAGCUUGAUUAUCUCACAGAA